CUUCCUUGGAUAUUUUUUCUUUGCUUUAACUCUGCUUUUUUCUCCCUUCCUUUUUCGCUCUGACAAUGUCUGACUAUGAGUCUGAUGGUUCGGCGUUUUCGCUGGGAGAUAGCCCUGUCCGCCCCAAGGCUAAACCGGCGGCUGUGAGGAAGGCCCCUGCCAAAAAGACUGGCAGCAAGCAGACAAUCGAUGAUGUGUUUGCCGACUACGCGACCGACAGUGGCAACACUAGCGCCAGCGCCAGGCGAGAGAAGGUCGAGGACAUUUACAAGAAGAAGACGCCGCUUGAGCAUAUCCUGCUGCGCCCUGACACGUACAUUGGUUCAGUCGAGCCCAUCGAUGCAGACAUGUGGGUCAUGGACAUGUCCACCAAGCGCAUGGCGUACCGCAAACUCACCUACACGCCCGGCCUCUAUAAGAUUGUCGACGAGAUUCUGGUCAAUGCCGCCGACAACAAGGUGCGUGACCCGACGAUGCGGAAGAUCGAGGUGACCAUCAACAAGGAGACUGGCGAGAUAUCGGUGCUAAACGACGGCAAAGGGAUUCCUGUCGAGAUCCACAAGGAGGAGAAGGUGUACGUGCCAGAGAUGAUUUUCGGGCACCUCUUGACCUCAUCCAACUACAACGACGACCAGAAGAAGAUCACCGGUGGACGCAACGGCUACGGCGCCAAGCUGUGCAACAUCUUUAGCACCGAGUUCACUGUCGAGACUGCGGAUUCAUCGGAGAAGAAGAAGUACAAGCAGCUGUUCACUGACAACAUGAAGACGAUCAACAAGCCGUCGAUCACAAAGUAUAACAACAAGAGCGAGUACACCAAGAUCUCGUUCAAGCCCGACUUUGCAAAGUUCAACAUGACGCACCUCGACGAUGACACCGUAGCACUGAUCACGCGCCGUGUCUACGAUCUGGCUGGAACCAUCCCUGGUAUCAGGGUCCUGCUCAACGGCGAGGUCAUUCCGAUCAGGAACUUCAAGUCUUACGUCGAGCUGUAUCUGCUGCCGCCGGUAAACAGCGAAGAGCCGGGUGGCAUAAAGUCGCAGGACAUCGUCUACAAACGGUUCAACGACCGCUGGGAGGUUGCGUUUGCCGUGUCCGAGGGGCAGUUCAACCAGGUCAGCUUUGUCAACAACAUCAACACUGUGCGCGGCGGCACCCAUGUCAAUUAUAUUGCCGACCAGAUCGUCAAGAACUUCAUUGCGACGAACAAGAAGAACAAGGUUAACAUCAAGCCGCACCAGGUCAAGAACAACAUAUGGCUGUUUGUCAACAGCCACAUCACCAACCCGGCAUUUGACUCGCAGACCAAGGAGACACUAACCCUGCGCGUAUCGGCCUUUGGCUCAAAGUGCGAGAUUACUGAUGACUUCAUGAAGGGCGUGGCCAAGUCUGACCUGAAGGAUAUGGUUGAGAUGAUGGUCAGGCGCCGCGAAGAGCGCGACCUCAAGAAGACCGACGGGUCGCGCACCAGCCGGAUCACGGGCAUUGACAAGCUCGAUGACGCCAACAUGGCUGGCACAGCCAAAAGCAAGGAGUGCACGCUGAUUCUGACUGAGGGAGACUCUGCCAAGGCGCUGGCUGUGGCUGGACUGGGCGUUCAGGGACGUGACAAGUUUGGGAUUUUCACGCUGCGCGGAAAGCCGCUCAAUGUGCGCGACGCGUCUGCCCGGCAGAUCGGCGACAACCAAGAGUUCACCAAUAUCAAGCGGAUCAUGGGACUCAAACACGGCGCCAAGUAUUCGUCAGCCGACCAGCUGCGCUACGGUCAUAUUCUCAUCAUGGCCGAUCAGGAUGUCGAUGGCAGCCAUAUCAAGGGCUUGCUUCUAAACAUGUUCGACUCGAUGUACCCGGGCCUGCUCGAGGUGAAUGGCUUCAUGCAGCAGUUCAUCACGCCCGUCGUGCGCGCUACUAACAACCGCAACAAAAAGCUGAUCCACAACUUUUACACCGAGGCAGAGUACAAAAAGUGGUUCGAGAGCGAGCCCAACGCAGCCAAGAACUGGACGAUCAAGUACUAUAAGGGUCUGGGUACGUCGAAGGAGGCCGAUGCGCGCGAGUACUUCAAGAAGCUCGACUUCCACCGCAAGACCUUUGCCCCUGCACAGUCUGAGGAUCGCCGCCUGCUCGACAUGGCGUUCAACAAGAAGAAGGCCGACGACCGCAAGGAGUGGCUGGCCUCCUACCAGCCGGGAGAGUGGAUCGACAACAACCAGACAUCCGUCAGCGUCCAAGAGUUCAUCAACAAGGAGCUGGUUUUGUUCUCAAUCGAUGAUAACAGUCGGUCUAUCCCAUCGGUUGUCGAUGGUCUGAAGCCUGGUCAGCGUAAGAUUCUGUGGACAUCGCUAGUCAACAACAUCAAGAGUGAGAUCAAGGUUGUAGCGCUUCAGGGAAAGGUCACUGAGAAGGCAGCCUACCACCACGGCGACCAGAGUCUGGUUGCCACCAUUGUCAACAUGGCCCAGGACUAUGUCGGCAGCAACAACAUCAACCUGCUCGUGCCCGAAGGAAGUUUCGGUACUCGUCUACUCGGCGGUAAGGAUGCUGCCAGCGCUCGUUACAUCUCGACAUUCCUGAGCGCGAUCACACGCUCGAUCUUCCACAAGAACGAUGAUGCCUUGCUCGAGAACCUCACCGAUGACGGAAAGGUCGUUGAACCGCGCUGGUAUGUCCCGGUGAUUCCAAUGGUCUUGGUCAACGGUGCGGACGGUAUUGGUACAGGAUGGAGCACGUCGAUUCCGAACUACAACCCGACCGACAUUAUAAACAACAUUCGUCGCUUGAUGCGUGGCGAGGAGCCGGAGACUAUGGUACCAUGGUACCGUGGGUUCCGCGGCAUGAUCGAGCGCGUGAGCUCCGACCGCUUCCGCACGCUGGGAACCAUCGAGAAGAUCUCUGACGACCAGCUGCACAUCUCUGAGCUGCCGAUUCGCGUGUGGACCGAUACAUACAAAGCGCUGCUGAACACAUGGAUGACCAGCGACAAGGGCCCUGCGAUCAUCAAGGACUUCCGCUACAAUUCGUCGACCCUCACGGCUGACAUUGUGCUGAAGCUGACGCCCGACCAGAUGCAGAAGGCCGAGGCCGAGGGCUUCGACAAGCGGUUCAAGCUCUCAUCAACCAUUGCCACGUCCAACAUGGUGUGCUUUGACCGCGAGGGCCGGUUGCGCAAGUACGGGUCGGCAGAGGAGAUUAUCUCAGACUUUUACUCGCUCCGCCUGCGCUACUAUCAGCUGCGCAAGGAGAAGCUGGCUGAGCAGCUGGGCCGCGAGCUGCAGCGUGCCGACAACCGUGCCCGCUUUGUGCUUGAGAUUAUCCAGAAGAAGCUGGCAAUCAACAACCGCAAGCGUGCCGACAUCAUUAAGGACCUGCGUGACCGCGACUACACGCCGAUCCCCAAGGAGGUCAAGGUUCGCGUUGCCGGCGAUCUGGACUCCGAGGAGGCUGCUGACCGUGCUGCAUCCGAGGAUUCGUCAGACUACGACUACCUGCUGUCGAUGCCGAUCUGGAACCUGACGCUCGAGAAGGUGCAGAAGCUACUGCAGGAGAAGGGCGACAUCCAGCUCAAGUUGGAGCAGCUCCUGGCCAAGACUCCGACCGACAUCUGGAAUGAGGAUCUGGAUAUUGUCGAAAAGCAGUGGAACGACAUGGUUGCAGAGUAUGAACAGCGGCUGCUUGAUGACGAAGAGGAUCGCCGCAACCAGGAGGGUAGCAAGGGCAAGGGCAAGGCCCGCGCGCGUGCCAGAAAGACCACGGUGACCACAGCAACAACAGCAAUCGCUGGUGCCAAGCGCAAGGCGGCUACAGCGGUGAAGACCGAGGACAAUGGCGCCGGACCAUCGCAGCCAGCGGCCAAGCGAGCCAAAUCCAUCUCGAGCGUGAGCAAGACGGCUGCGAGGAGACAGGCUAGCACCAACGGUACUACCAAUGAUGCAUCGGAGAUGGAUAUAAAGCCGUCAGUUAUCAGCCUAGGCUCAGACCUUGAAGACAGCGACGACGACUCCAAGAACUUGAUUCUGAAACGGGUGGUGGCCAGGCCGAAGCUUGGGGCAGGCCGGCAGACUACUCUGAGCGAUAUGUUCUCGUCGAGGAAAGCCACUGUCGCGCCACCGGAGUCGUCAAGAGCGACAACAAGUGCAGCAUCGACUUCAAGAACAUCGCCUGCACCGACAGCCACUCCAGCAGCUGCAGCUCCCAAGAAGCGUGUUCUGAAGCGAAGCAAGAUUAUUGACAGCGACGAUGAAGACAACGAGGUCUUUAAGAAUGGAAGUGACGAGAGCGACGACGAGCCUAUCUCACCAAUCAAGCCACGGGCCCGUGCACCGCGCGGCCGGGCCAGCGCAAACAAGCCUGUCUAUGUGAACAUCUCGGAAGAUGACGACGACAAUGACGACGCUAGCGAUAACUUCGACGACGACGACGAUGACGACUUUGAGAUGGAUUAGUCGGCUAGCCU